UGUUCCAUGCGCACAAGUUCCUCGACAGAGCGCCACACUUGGCAGAACAAAUUCGGAUGCAGUCCACACCAAAAGCGGCCCUGGAGGAAGCCAAGCGCUUCCGCCGUCUCCAGCGAAGCGACUGGUUCGACGUGAAUAUCCGCUACAUGGAUGCCGUCCUCGAGGCAAAGUUCACGCAACAUCCGCAGCUGCGCGACAUGCUGCUCUCAACAGGCAACGGGGAGCUAGUUGAAGCAAGUCCCGUGGAUUCAUUCUGGGGCUACGGCGCAGACAAGCGGGGCCGAAACGAGCUCGGGAAGGCUUUGAUGAGACUGAGAGAGAAGCUUCGUGCGCAAGGAGGGCUGAUGCGAGAGCAGGACAGUGGUACGUGGCGCGGAUGGGCGGCGGAACAUGGUGGGCAAGUACGCGAUCAUGCACAGCGGGCGCCGGACGUAGCACUCGCGCAAGAGCGUGUUCGCGAUGUUGCAACCAUUCAGCCUCGUGCCGACACCCCAGUCGGCGUAUCCCACUUUCACGAGGCGCCGCCUGUGUUCGCUUGUGCAGGACAAGACGACUGCGUCAUCCCUGAAAGACCGGCUGAGCGACGUCCUUUCCAGUCACAGACGGGGUCCCCCAUCUACUUCUAUGACCGACACGAGCUAUACUUUGAGUUUACCAAUUUCGCCUCAUAUUCCGUUAGGUAUAACGGGAAACGAUACCCUACUUCCGAGCACCUCUUCCAAGCACAGAAGUUCUUUGGGACAGAUCCGCGUAUCGCCGAAUUCAUUCGAAAGCAGAGGACGCCGAGUGCUGCCCAGCAAGAAGCCAUGCAACUUCACAACGCACAGCGGAAAGACUGGUUUAACGUAAACGUGGUCAUCAUGGACAACGUCCUGGAGGCGAAGUUUAGGCAGCAUGCGACC